AUGACAAUAAAGGUGCUAGCAGGAAAGAGUCUGAUCAACAUCGUGAGUGGUUACGCUCCGCAGAUUGGCUGCGAAGAUCAAAAGAAGGAAGAGUUCAGAGAACAACUUGAACAGAGUAUUAGAGAGAUCCCUGAGGAAGAAGAAAUCAUCCUAGGAGCUGAUCUGAACUGCCAUGUAGGGGAACCAGCAGGAGGUUAUGAGGCAUGUCAUGGCGGUUUUGGAUACGGCCCGAGAAACGGAAGAGAGAGAAUGCUAGAGACAUUGGAGAGCUUGGAACUGGUCUUGGUAAACACCGGAUUCAAGAAGAGAGAUGAGCAUCUAACGCCAUGCCGAAGUGGAGAUAGCAGUUCUCUGAUCGACUUCCUAGUGGUGAGGAAGAGAACCCGAAAAAACGUGAGAGAUGUACAAGUGAUUCCUGGAGAGGCUGUUGCUCACCAGCACAGACUGCUGGUCAUGGAUGGAACGUUCUCUAAGAAAAGGAAAGGAGAAACAACAGGGAAGAAGCUGUAG